GUUCCAGGGAGGGGCAAGAAUGUCAGUGAGAGGGAAAAAAACCAAGGCAACGCUGGAGUCUUCCUCCGUCUUAUUCAGAUACCUGCAGAAAAGGGGUAAUGACAGCCUGGUCCUUCCUUGAGCUGUGGAAAACCUCUCAUUCAACUCUGUUCCAAAUGACCUUGGCCACUGUUCUGAUGGCUCCUGUUCUUGGCGAUUGUGGACCUCCACCCAGUUUGCCAUUUGCUUCUCCAAUCAACCAGUUGUACGAGACAACCUUCUCAUCUGGAACUGUUCUGAAAUAUGCCUGCCAUCACGGCUUCAAGAAAAUCAACACAAGCCAUCUUGUUUGUGAUGAAAAUGGUUCGUGGAUCUAUACUAUCUUUUGUGCCAAGAAACGAUGCAGAAACCCUGGCGAGUUGGUCAAUGGGAAAAUAGAUAUUACGACUGACCUUUUCUUAGGUUCAACCAUAGAGUUCAGCUGUGCGAAGGGGUAUCUUCUGAUUGGCUCAACAACUAGCCGGUGUGAGGUCCAAGGUAAAGGAGUAGACUGGAGUGAUUCUCUCCCAGAAUGUGUAAUUGUCACGUGUGAGUCCCCUCCAGAAAUCAGCAAUGGGAAGCACAGUGGUAGAGAGGAAGAUCUUUAUACAUAUGGCUCCUCAGUCAUCUACAGCUGUGACACUGGCUUUACGCUCCUUGGCAAUGCCUCCAUCAUCUGCACUGUGGUGAACAGAACAGUAGGUGUUUGGAGCCCAAGCCCUCCUGCCUGUGGAAGUGGUUGUACUGGCGUACCAGAUAUUCCCUUUGCUUCCUGGGAGGGCAACAAGCUUGCUUUAAGAAAUUUUCAAAUGUUUGAAAUUGGGACCAAGUUGAAAUUCCAGUGCAAACCUGGCUACCAAUCGCCUCCCAAUGACCCCCAGACUGUGACUUGUCAAGAGAAUCUGAUGUGGACACCUACCAAGGGCUGUGAACGGAUAUGUUGCCCAAUACCAAAUAUGGAGAAAAUCAAAAUUGUAAGUGAAAGGAGAGAUUUCACUGGUAUGUGCACCUAUGCCUAUGGAGACUAUGUUUUCUAUGUUUGUGGUGAAGGUGCUUCCCCUACGUCUACUGAUGGAAGGAGUGCAUGUCAGGAAAAUGGAAAGUGGGACCCUGCAAUACCAUCAUGUCAGGCAGGCCUGCAAAACAGUCCUGCUAUUACCUUACCAAGCUUUGCAGAAAACUCGAGCAUUAAAUAUAUAUCUGAAAAUGAAGAAGACAGCACAAGGUAUGUUCCCGUUAAAGCUGUGUGCCCCAAACCAGUGAUCUCACAUGGAAACCUGUCUGUGGAUAAAGCUCAGUAUGCUGAACUGGAAAACAUCACUGUUCGUUGUGAUACUGGAUAUACCAUAGUUGGUCCCCCAAACAUCAUUUGUUCGGAAAACAGAACAUGGUACCCUGAGAUACCCAACUGUAAAAUGACGGUCCUUGAACACUGCAGACCAGUGACUGAAGGCAAAAAACGCUUGCAGUGCUUCUCAAACCCAGAAGAUGUGAAAAAUGCCCUGGAGGUGUACAAACUGUACCUGGAGAUCGAAAUAUUAGAAAGGGAGAAAGAGAAGUGGACACGAACCCACAGGAAACCUUCGAAAUAUGUUAAAAUUAAGGGGCCAUUCAGGCCUUUUGGUUAAUGGACAGAAUCUCCACGCAGCAGCCGUUCUGAUUCUUAAGCACCACCACUCCUGUUAAAAAGUUUCUGAGCCAGAAGAACUUAGGUGGUUUUUAUUUUUUUAUUUUUUGAAGCUAUGUCAAUGAUGAUUACUGGCUAGCCAUUGUAGUUCAAUUGUCUACUUGGCUUGGCUUGACUCCCUGUAAUGGUUAAAUAUAAACUAUUAAAUACAAAAUAUUUGUGUUA